AUGAAUAAAAAUAUUUACCAUUCUGCAAAGGAUUAUAUAAAAAUAAAACGUAGGCUGUAUUAAGAAAAACUAUGUUAAAUUCUCACAGAAAUUGAGCAAUAAUAUAACAUAAAAUUAUCAGGUAAAUAAUUUUUAAUACGGUACUUUUAAUACUUAAGACAACUUAAUGAAAGAAAGAUUAAAGGAGAUGGUAGCAUAUUUUCGUGUGAAAUGAUUGAAUAUUUUCAAAAAUUAAACAUUGAAAAUUUUUUUCCAAAUAAAAUUUGGCAAUUUAAUGUCGCUAGUAUAAAUAAAUUUUAAAAAUAGAAAGCUUUUUUAAUUGUCUUUAUAAUAUAUCAGAAAUAGACAUCACCCAUAUUUUAAUUUUAUUAAAUUUAAUAUUGUAAGGGAAAUUCAACUAGUCUUCAUCAUCAAUUAUAAGGGUUCUUCCUUAUUAGAAAGGCAAUGUUUUAUUUCCUUUUUAAUAUGAUUAUAUUAUAGAUUUCAAUAAUAAAAGUUGCAUAAAAUUAGUAAUUUAAGCAAUUCCAAUUUUAUACCCAAUUCUAAAUAUAGAAGGAAAAUUAACACAUUUUGAAUUUCAUCAUGAAAUAAUUUUAGUGGGAUUAGUUCCUGAAAAUAAAUAGAAUUCAAAUAAUAUUAAUAUAAUUGAUAAAUACUUAAGAUAUUAAUAAACAUCUCCUAAUUUUUUUACAAAUAUGAAAUUAGUAAAAGAGAAAAUAAAUGAUUAAUAGAUGUUAAAUGAAAUAAAAAUAGGAGAGAAACCUAAGUUUUGGAAAGAUAGAUUAAUUCCAAGAUAAUUUUAACCUAUUUUAUUGAAUGAUUAGGAUUAUGUUUAUAAUAAAAAUUUUGAAAGAUGGAUUCCUAUUUCAACUUAAAUUAUUUUAAAUAGAAAAUAAGAAAGAAUAAAUUAAUUUAGUGAAAAUCAUUAUUUGAUUCAGAAAUACAGUUAAUAACCAUCUUCAUAUUAAUUAUUAAAAAUAAUAUAAAAUAUUCCUAAUUAUAAAGUAAAUUUAACAAAUUAACAAUAAGAGAUAAUAUCAUAUAAUGGAGAUGGAUUAGUAAUAGGAAGAAGUGGAACAGGAAAAACAACUUGUGCAUUAUUGAGACUAUUUACAACAGACAUUUUAUUUAAAAUUAGAAGUAAAUUAGAGUAAAUUAAUAAAUCAACAGAUGAUAUAUAACUUAAUUAAGAAUAAUAAGGUUGUAAAUUAAAAACUGCAUUUAUUACAGCUAGUCCUUUAUUAGCUUGUUAAGUUAAAAGAUUAUAUGAUAAAUUAGUAUAAAAUAUAUAGGAUGUUAUUAAUAAUAAAAAAAAAUAGAAAAACAAAAAUUAUGAAGAAAAUUAAGUUUAGAAUUUAUAGAAUGACAUGGAUUAAAGUACAUUUUAAAUUAUAAAUGCAAUAUAAAAUGAUUCAGAGUAGUAAGGAUCAUAAAAACUAAAUUAGGAAGAAGAAGUAAAUGAUUAAGAAUUAAAUGAAUAUGAAAAAGAAAUGGGAAAAUUUUAAAGAUUUUCUGAUAUAAAUUAAUUUCCAACAUUUUUAACACUUAGAAAAUUUCUAUUUUUGAUUGAUGGUUCUCUUAUUAAUUCAUAUUUUUAAAUGUUUGGUAAUAACCGUAAUAAAACUUCUGAAUGGCAUAAUGAAUAAUGUGGAUAAAUGAUAUUAAAUUACAAUAUUUAGAAUGAUGAAAUUAUGUAAAAGAAAUUGGAAUAAUUAAAUUAAAGAUUAAUGGAUGAAAUUGAUAAUUCUGAUUAUAUUUAAACUAAAAUGUUUGAAGUUACUUAAGAUGUAUUUAUAAGGAAUUUUUGGCCUAAAAUAUUAUAAACAAUGAAAUAAACUUUAGUUAAUAAAAAAUAUUUUGAUCCUAUUUAUAUUUGGUCAGAAAUAUGUACAAAAAUAAAAGGUCAUGAAACAUCGCAUGAAUAUCCUGGUGGAUAUAUUAAUUUUGAUAAUUAUUUUCAUAUGUAAGGAUUAUCAAAGGAAUAAUGUAGUUUUAUUUAUUAAGCUUUCUAAAAAUAUGAAGAAUUAAAAUUUUAAUUAGGAUAUUAUGAUUUAUUAGAUAUAGUUAAUCAUAUUAAUUAAGAAUUAGCUUUUGGUAAUGAUAUUAUUGAAAAUGUUCAUUAUUUAUUACUUGAUGAAUUAUAAGAUGUUCCUAGAGCUGUUUUAAUAUUAUUAGAUUAAUUAACAGAACUUGGUUUAUUUUGUUGUGGAGAUAAUGCUUAAAAUAUAGCAAAAGGAAUAGGAUUUAAGUUUUAUGAAGUUUAAAAUUGUUUACUAUCAUAUAGAAAUAGUAAAAAAAAAUUAAAUAGAAAUCUUAAAAUAUUUGAUUUGAAUGUUAACUUUCGUUCACAUAACAAAAUAUUAUAAUUAGCUAAUUCUGUAAUAAGAAUGAUUGAAAUAUUAUUUCCAUAAAAAAUUGAUAAAUUAAAAAAGGAAACAUCAAAUUUAAAAGGUCCUAAACCUGUAAUAAUAAAAAGUGAUAAUAUUAAACAAUUAUUAAGUAAUCUUUGUGAUUUCUUUUCAAAUGAUAAUAAAACAGUUGAAUUUGGUUGUAAUUAAGUUAUUAUUGUUAAAGAUUAAGAAUCUAAAACAAAAUUACCAAUAGAAUUAUAAAAUAUUUUAUGUUUAACUAUUUAUGAAGCUAAAGGUUUAGAAUUUGAUGAUGUUAUUUUAUUUAACUUUUUUCAUGAUUCAACUACAUUAAUUAAGGAUUGGGAUUAAAUUAACAAUUUAGAAGCAUAUGCAGAAUAUCUAAAGAAGAAUGAUUAUGAAAAAUUUAUUACAAGUAAUAAUUUUAUUAUUAUAUAUAAAUAGUUCAUGAAACAGAAGUGAUAGCCUCUAAAUAAUAGAAAAUAGAUGAAUUAAUAGAAAUUUGGUAAUUAAAAAUGAAAAAUCACAUAUAAGAUUAAUAAAUGUCUAUUGAUUUAUGUUAAGAAUUAAAAUAACUUUAUGUAGCAAUUACUAGACCUAAAAAAAGAUUAAUUAUAUUUGAUUAAUCUUUAGAAAAAAGAAGAGUUAUAUAAAAUAUUUGGAUUAAAUUAAAUGCAGUUAAAAUAAUUGAUUUGUAAACUCAACCUAAUGAUAUUAUCUUUUAAUUAAAAUUAUAAAAUGAUAAUAAAGAAAAUUGGAAAAGAUAAGGUUUUAAAAUGUUUAGAAUGAAUAAUUAUGAUUAAGCAGCAAAAUGCUUCAAAUUUGCAGAAGAAUAAGAAUUAGAAAAAAAAUCUAUUGCUUAUAAUAUUGUAGUCAAUAAUGCAAUAGUUAAUGAUUCUGAAAAGUUUUUAUAAGCAGCCAUUAUUUUUGAAGAAAUUGGUUUAUUGUUAAGAGCAGCUUAAUGUUAUUUCACUGCUAAAUAAUUUUAAAAAGCUUAAGAAUUAUAUGAAAAAUUAGGUUUAAUAAAUGAAAUUGCUGAAUCAGCAUUUUUUGCUCAAAAUUACUAAAAAGCAGCUAAAAAUUUUGAAAUAUCAGGAGAAAUUAGAAGAGCUCUUGAUUGUUACUUUUUACUUUAAGAUUGGGAUAAUGUUAUUAUUAUUCUAAACAAUUAUAAAUAAGAAUUUAGCCAAUAAGAAAGAUAGACAUUUUUAAAUUAAUUCUUUCCUAAUUAUUUAUAAAAUUUGACAUAAAAAAUUCAAGAUAAUUAAAUUGAAUUAACUUAAGAAUAAGAAGAAUUUAAUAAUGUAGAAAAUUCUAUUUAAACAGAAAGCUUUAUAAUAUAAGAUUCUAUAAUUAAAGAAUCUAAAAACUAAGAUAAUUCUUAAUUCAAUCAAAUAAUUGAUUUAAAUAAUAAUGAAUCCAGUGUUGAAAUUUUAAAUAAUGAAGAGAAAGAUUUAUCAUAAUCUUUUUAAAUUGAAAAUGAAAGUGAAUAAAAUAUGGAUCAUUUAUCUAUUUUUGAUCCUGAAGAUGAAUGGUUAAAAUGUGAUUAAAAAACUAUCAUAUAAUCUAUGUCUUCUAAAAUCAGUCAUUAAUCAGAAUUUUCUAAUAUUGUACUUCUUAAUUAACCUCCAUAAAUUUAAUUAUUGAAGUUUAAGAAUAAUAUUUUUAUUACUAAUAAUGUCUUAUAAUAAUUAAUUUAAAAAUUAUUAUUAUUCUCAAAUGAAUUUAAAAAUCAUUUAGAUUAAUAAAAAUAUAAAGCAAUUCAAUUAUCUAAUAGAAAAGAUGAUGAUAAGGAGUUUGAUCAUAUCAUAAAUUUUGUCUAUGAUUUAGAAAAUAUUGAUAUAGAUUCAAUUUACAUGAUGUUAGAUAUAUUAGAGUAAUUUAAAAGUUAUAAAUUAUGUAUUUACUUAUGUAAUUCUUUUAAAUUAGCAUCCUUUUUAGGAAGAUAUUUAGUUUCUCUUGUAUCAAUUUAUUCUCCAUUAGCAAAAACUAAAUCAUUAGUUAAUGUUUAAAUGGCAACUUUAGGAUCUUUUAGAAAAAAUCUUCUUGAAUAAUCUUCUAUUUCUUAAAUUGCAAUUAAUAAUAUAUUAGAUACAAUUAAUCCUAUUUUCUUAACUUUUAAAAAUGAUAAUGAAUUGAAUUUUAACAAUAGUUUAGGAUUGAAUUGUUAUCAAGAAUUAAUAGGAUUAGGCUUUUGGAAAACCUUUAUAUAUUAAUUAAAUUUUAAACAUUCUAUAGAUUUAUGUAUGUCUUUCAACAAUUUUUCAGAUUCUAUUCAAAUUUUUAAAACAAUUUAAUAAAACAGAAAAAUUGAAUUAUCAAAUGAAGAAGAAUUCAAAUUUAUGAAAAUUUAAUAUUAUUAAUAGAUUAAAUUAAUUAAAGGAUAAUAAGAUAACAUAUUAGAUUUGAUAAAUGAAAUUAGUGAUAUAUUUAAAAUUACAAAGAAUUAUUAUAUAAAAUAAAACUAAAUAAUGGAAGAUACAGAUAUAGAUUAAUUAAUUAUUAAUGCUAAAAUUUAUUAGAAAACAAUGUCUUGUAUUGAAAAACUUAAAUAAAUAGAAGCUAUAAUAAUUAUUUAUGAACUGCUAAAAUCUAAAAUAGAUUACACAGAUGAGAAAUUUAUAGAAUUAUUUUAGAUACUAGAAUAUUCUCAUAAUAAUUUAAUUUAAUGUUAAAUUUAAGAAAACAUUAACGAAGCUUUAUUAUUUUGUUACGGUUUUUCAAUUCCUUAAGGAGAAAUUAUGAGUCAUUAUUCUCAUUCUAUAUUUAUGCAUAUUUCAUCUAAACUAAUGAAGCAAAUAAUAAAUGAUGAUUAAAAUAAUUAAAAUACUUAAAUAACAAAAAACUCAUUAAUGUUUGUAGAUAUAGGAUAUGAAUACAUUUCUAUUCCUUUUGAAUUAGCUAUUUAAUAUAUAAUAAAUUCAUUUACUUAGUAGAUUCAAUUAAUUUUAAAUAAUAAAGCAGAAAAACAAAUGGAUUAUUAUCCAGUUAAUGAUGAUUCUUUCACUUUAGAUUUUUAAGACGAUUAAGAAGAUACUUUAGCUGAUUUAUUAGUAUUUUUAAUGCUUGAGUAAUCUAAUUAAAAGAUUUAAGAUAAAAUUAAAUAUAAAAAAAUAGAAUAUUAAUUAAAAAAAUUACAUCCAUUAUAAAUUUAUUUUAAAAAGAGAUUUACAUAAUAAGAAUAUUCAAUUAUUAAUUCUGAACCAUCAUUAAUUAUAAAUAUUAUUCAUAGAAUGAUCUUGAAAAGUAAUUUAAGAAUAAUUAAUACACCUUAAUACAUCAAAAACUUAAUUCGUGAGAUAUCUUUGAAUUUAAUAAUAUAAAUUAAAAAUAAGAAGGAUAAUUUACAUUCAAAUAUAACAAAAGCAAUUAAUUUAUUAAAUUUGACUGAUUAAUUAUCUUUUGCAGUUCUUAUUUUAUAAAAUUAAAAAAAAGAUUAAGAUAAAUAUAUUCCAUAUCUCAAAUAUAUUGAAUUUCUUGAAUGUUAGCAUUUUGGAAUAACAGAAGAUGCAUUAGGAUGUUUUUUAGAUUAUAGUUAAUAUGUAAUGGAUAGAUUUUAUUUAGAUGAACAAUUAUGUCAUAUAAUUAGAAUUGGAUUAAAUCUUCUUUUGUCAAUAUUAUGUUACAGUUAAUAGAAAUUAACAAUAUUGAAAAUUUACAAAGGAUAUUUGAACAAUAUUUAGAAUAUUGAUGAUGAUUAAAAUUGUAAAAUAAAGAUGGGUAUAUUUUAAUUAAAAAAUUUAUAAUUUGUUGAAGAAUAUUUAAUAUAUUUAUUUGAAUUUUAUGAGUUUUGCUGUGUAAAAUAUUACUAAGAUCAAAUAUAAUAAUUUUUGGUAAUAUUUGCAAUAAAUCUAUUAAAUACAUAAUAAUUCAAGAUUAUAAAGAGUCUGAUUGAAAAAUUAAAAUAAAAUGAAUAAUUGAAAAAAUUAUUGAAAUUACAAGAGAUAUUAGUUAUAGAAAUUUAAAAGAAUAAGUAAGAAAUAUAAAAAAAGAAAAAUAUAUUGAUCUCACUUAGUGGUUAUUUGGAUGAGGAUAUAAUUGAAGUAGAAAUAAUAAAUACUAAAUCAGAAUAAGAAUAAGAUGAAUGGUAUGAGAAAUGUAUAUAAUUAUGGAAUAAUUAUUAGACAGAGUCAGAUUAUAAGAUUGAGAGUAUAAAAAACUUAAUAAAAAAGUGGAAAGGCUUUAAAAAUGAUCAUAAAAUAACUUUGAUAGAAUAAGUGAGGAGAAAUUUAUAAUUUUUGAGAAGUUUAUAGUAUUUCUAGAUUGGGAAAGGGGGAUAAAGUCUUAUAAAAGAGUGUUAAAAUUUAAGAGAUUUAAAUAGGCAUCUGAGCAAAAAUGUUUAAAAUUUAAACGAAGUAUUGUAAUUAAGUAUAACAUUAUAAAGGUAAUAUAAAUAUUUAUAUAGAAAAUUGUUAAAGGCAAGAUAAAGUAUUACAAACUCACUUGAUAUUCAUUUGAUUAAUUCUUUGUUAAAUGAUUUGGUAGAAUAAAUGAAAUAAAUGAUAAAAGGAAAUGAUGUUUACCAGAAGCUUAAAUAAUUAGAUAUGGAUUUAAUGAAAUGGGAAGAGAAUGAUAAUAACAGAAUAAUUGAUGAAGAAAUAUUAAAUAUGAAUAGAAAGCUUGUAAUUGAGAAAUGGAAUAAUUUAAAGGCUGGAAUUAAAGUACUUCGAAAAGGUGAGAAGAAGUAACUUAAAACAAUUUAAGAAGUUGCAGAUGAAAGUUGA